AGAUAGUGUGUAAUCAUCAUCAAUGCAAAUGUCACUGAAACCCCACCAUCUACAGUGACUCAGUGAGUCCUUCAACCCUCUCAGUUCUUUUCCCUCUUCUUCUCUCACUCGUAACCCUAAUUUCAAUUCUGAGCUUUCUGUGUGCCCAAAGCUGCGAACUUGAUUGUUUCUGAGCUUUCUGUGUGCCCAAUUGGGUGGUGGGGAAGAAAGAGGGGUGUGUUUGAGAGAGGUAUGAAAGUGGCAUGGAGGUUGAAAACCCAAGAAUCGGAAAUGGGGGAGGAGAAGAUGGGGAGAUCAAGAGGAGUAGUAAUGGCGGCGGCGGGGGGCUUGGGCGGCUCUGUGGCUGGCCGUCGUCGCGGAUUGUUCGGGUUUCUCGAGCUUCGGGGGGGAAAGAUAGGCACAGUAAGGUGUGGACUUCGAAGGGGCUGAGGGACCGCCGUGUGCGGCUCUCCGUCAACACGGCGGUGCAGUUUUACGAUUUGCAGGACCGGCUCGGCUACGACCAGCCGAGCAAGGCGGUGGAGUGGCUGUUGAAGGCGGCGGCGCCGUUCAUCGAGGAGCUGCCUUCUUUACAUGACUUGUUCCCUGAUACGCUUCAGCUUAGCGACGAGAGAAAGCCGAACGGCGGAGCCGGAGUGGAGCCGGCGGCUCAGCAAAGUAGCCCGUCGGAUACUAGCAAAGGCUCGGCGCCGUCGGCGGGGCUCUCGCUUUCCCGGUCCGAGUCGCGCAUCCUGGCUCGAGAACGCGCCCGCGAGCGAGCCGCCGAGAAGGAGAAGAGCAAAGACGAUAUCGCCCCCGCCCCCGGGAGCCUUAUUUCCCAAAACUCUAGCUUCACGGAGCUGUUAACUAACGGCGGUAACAACAACGGCAAAGACGAAGAAUCAAAUUUCUUCUCCCUUGAUUACGUCACCACUACUGGAUUACUAACCCGCUCAACCGCCCAACCGUCUUCCCCGGAUUUUCCGGCCCACGUUCAUCUCGGAAACCCUAUACAUCUUCCACCUCAUCCUCCUCCUCCACCGCCGGUUUCUUCCCCGCUGUUCACUAUUCCCGGCGAGCACCACUCGGAGCUGCAGAAUUUCUCCUUCGUCACGGACCACCGCCACCACAACAACGAAUACAAUCUAAACUUCAGCAUUUCGUCUCCUUCGUCUCAUUCGGGCCUUACUGCUUUUAGGGGGACCCUUCAGUCCAAUUCUCCUUCCUCGCCUUCUCUUCUGCCUCAUCUACAGAGGUUUCCGGCCGUAGACUUAACGCCGGCGAGUUUCUUCACCGCCGCAGCUCCCACUGCCCCAGUCGACAACCACCACCACUUCCUCGGAUUCGACGCCCGUUUGCAGCUCUUCUAUGGCGACCACCACGCAGAUCAUAACGGCAAAGGAAAAACCUGAGCUCAUAAAAGCGCCGCCGAGCUCAUCUCCACCUCAUCUUCAAACAAGGUGAUUGAAGGUGAAUCAAUGUAGCCAAGUGAAGCAAGCUUCCCUGCAACUUCUUAUUAUGCUUCUUAAAUCAUUAUUCUGAUUUCUGGAUUUGUUGAUUUCAAGCAAUUCAUGUAUUAGCCUGCCAAGUUGUGUUGUAUUUUCUUGAUAUGAAAUAAUGUGUUUUUGCUUCAAAUUAUAUUCUUUCUUGUUCCCCUUUCAA